AUGCUGGUCAUAAUUCACAUCGUCCUUAUUAUCUUUUCUGUCCACCGCUGGGAACAUCGUGUAACCUUCUCUUUCACGCCAACAAACAAUGAUUUCUGGCCUGUCGUGCUUAGUGCCUCACUGCAAGCGUUUUAUACCGUGUAUACGGCUGUUCUACUCUUCCUAACCCAACGGCUUGCAAUUUCGAGAAUACUCGUGCGCCAGGUGAAACUGACUGCCAUUCACGACGUCUCAGGUGCAUGGGCAGGCCUUGGCUCUGCACUGAGCAGCGUUUGGCGACAAACUGACAUCCCCGCCGCGUGGUGGACGACUUCUGCUGUGGCAGCCUACCUUGUGAGCAUAACCGUGCUGGAUGUCACCUCUUCCACUCUCCUACAAUUUCAAACCUUCAAUACUUCGACGACGACUUCGGCGUCAACAACAUUAGGGUGGCCAAAUAAUUUUGGGAACAACUUGACCACAGACCUGACAACGAUCACCUCAUCCCUACCAGUUGUCAAUCAGUUGACUGGACUGGCGUUUCCAGGAUUAUCCAACACCACACUCUAUGACACCCUCAAAGCAAACGAUAUAACAGGAAUUGCAACUGUGAACGCAACGACAGUAACUUCGUGUUGCGGAUUGGUUCCAAAUGUGACGCACUAUGCGAAUAGCAGUGAGGUGACCUUUCCAUUGGGGCCAAAUAUGCCUUUUUGGCUUAAUAGUAGCGCUAUCGGGCAAAACCAGAUACAUAUAAUUCCAUCGAUUGUAAAUAUUGGCGAUAGGAACUCGUGGCUCAAUGGUCUCUGUUUUAUGGUCUCCACAUUAUUGGAAAUCGACCCUUCAGUACAAUAUGAGGUCACUAUAGAUACUGUGCCUUACUAUCCUUAUCCUUUCGAAGUCGAGGGGUUCUCUAACUCUGACAUUGUCAACCAGACCUAUUUUAUACAAUGCUCGCUGUCAGUCAACACUACAGACGGAAUGGUCGACACACAAACCAACAAUCUGCUUAGUCCUACGCCCAUACCACAGUCAUCUACGCAAUGGGAAAUAUAUCAAUUCGAGUGGUCAACUACUGCUUGGCAAGCGAACAUAUUUAAUGCUUUGGCUACGCCGGACAACAGCAGCCACUUUCUUUUCGAGCCAAUUAUCGAUCCUACUUUUGGGGACGAGUAUAUCAUGUCACUGGUAGGCUUGAAUCUCACCGAGGAGUAUAUGCAAUACAUAAACGACGGGCCUGCUUCGAUCUCUAAUUUUACUUUGAGACCAGAUGAACUAGAAUUGGCGGUCGCACGAGCAGCUGCACAACUCAUCUGGCUAGCGGGACAAAUGGGCACAGGGAAUGGAGGAAUUGACCCUGGCAAUGGGAUGGCCUAUGUCAACGAGGUCUUCAUUGCCCUACACUUCAAUAUCAACCUACUUCCCUUGGCUUUUGCGGCCUCUGCAUCGAUGAUCAUGUUGGGACUGGCACUCCAUAUAACCCGAGCAUUCGAUGGAUCACACGACACUCAGGCUGCUAUCCCAGACAUAGGUGUACUGCAACUCUUGUGGUUGGGUCAUCGUUCAGCGUCCAUCAAUGAAGCCCUGGAAGAUGUGCGGCAUCCGACGGAGGCCAAUCUGCGACGAGCAGGUAUGAUAGAUGUUCGUCUUACGAAAACAAUAUCCGAUGAGGAAGAUUCUGGGAGUUCAACUGCCAACGACAUCCUCUCUUACGAUGCCGACCACUAUCAUGAUCGUGAUGAUGUGAUGUGA